AGCUGGGGGCAUUUUACGGUGUGUUACCACAACACCUCCGCACCCCAGCUGUGACACUUGGACCGAGACGCUGCCCUGCGUGUUUACUCCGAGCGCUAUCUGCGGAACACGGGAAAAUGUCCUUGUCUGGCUGGGUGUGUCUGGUAACAGGUGCCUCCAGAGGUAUCGGCAGGGGAAUAGCCCUCCAGCUGUCGGAGGCCGGAGCCACCAUCUACAUCACAGGGCGCCAGGAGAAGACUCUGAAACAAACCGCUGCAGAGGUGAAGGAGAGGGGUGGAAACUGUCUGCCAGUUAUCUGUGAUUCUACAAACGACAAAGAAAUUGAAGAAUUGUUCGAGCGGAUCAAACGUGAACAGAAUGGCAGGCUGGACAUCCUGGUCAACAAUGCCUAUGCCGGAGUACACGCUGUCUUCGAGAAUAUGGGGAAGAAGUUCUGGGAAACUGACCCGACCAUAUGGGAUUCCAUCAACAACACUGGCCUCAGGGGCCACUAUUUCUUCUCGGUUUAUGCAUCCCGGAUGAUGGUGGAUCAAGGUCGGGGCUUGAUUGUCACCAUUUCAUCCAUGGGGGGUCUGCGGUACCUCUUCAAUGUGCCAUAUGGCGUUGGCAAAGCCGCGUGCGACAGGCUGGCAGCAGACAUGGCGGUUGAGCUGAAAAGUAGAGGGGUGACUUCUGUCAGCCUGUGGCCGGGUGCGGUACAGACAGAGCUGGUGUCUCAGUUCGUGCUGGAGAAAGACACAGUAACGGGGAUAAACUCUAAGUUUAAAGAUGUAUUUGCCAAUGGAGAAACCACCGAACUGAGUGGAAAGUGCAUUGUCAACCUGGCAAAAGAUAAAAAUAUGAUGUCGCUGACUGGGAAAGUCCUCAUGACCUGUGAUCUGGCAAGACGCUAUGGAAUACAGGAUGUUGAUGGACGAAGCGUAGCUGAUUACACUUCCCUGAAAUUCCUCCUGAAUCAGGUCCCAUACCUCUCCUGGCUGUCCGUUGUUGUCCCUUCAUUCCUGCGCAUGCCGCGCUUUGUGCUCACCCUGGCAAACGGCCGAUUCUGAGCAUUUCCUUUAUUAGUAUCGAAGUGGCAGGAUCAUUCAACUACAUGGUCUGAAAUGUAGCUAAACCUGUAGUUGUCAUGUCAGUAGUUUCCUCCUUUACUGGAGGCUGAAAAGGGUGAAAAGGACCUAACAUCUUCCACUGACAGUAAUAUUGAAGGAUUAUUCUUUAAAUCAUUGUAAAUACACAUGUAUCUACUUUUGAUUACUCAAUGAAUGUCACUCUGCGAAGUAUAAAGGUAAAAAAGGUAAAUAUGAA